AUGCAGUGGAGUCUGUAUCUGCUUAUUCUGAUGGGUCAGUGUUGCCUCUUUAGAUGCCGCCUGUAUGAGUACCACUUUAUUGCAGAAAACAAGAGCUGGUCUGAAGCACAGAGAUACUGCAGAGAGAAAUAUACAGACCUGGCCAAAGUGUUUGACAUGACAGACAUGAACAGACUCCGUAACUCUGCACAGAAUCAAGGAGAAGCCUGGAUUGGACUGAACAACAACACAGGUGGAAACAGGACGUGGCAUUGGUCUCUGCCAGGAGUGGAAUACAUUCAAAAUGACAGCAGCUGGAAUCUGAAAGGAAGAACUACUAGAGAACUGCCUGGAAACUGUGGGAGGAAAAGAUACGAUAAUGGAGAUAAAAAGCUGGUAGAUGUUUCAUGUGACCGUACUAUGUGGUUCUUCUGCUACGAUGAAAUGAAGAAAGACAGUAAAACAUUGUAUUUGAUAAAAACACCUAUGAACUGGACACAGGCUCAGAGCUACUGCAGAUACCAUCACACUGACUUGGCCAGUGGACUGAAUCAGGUAGAUGGAGAAGAAAUGAAGGCCCUGUUUAACGACUAUACCUUCAGUGCAUGGGUCGGUCUGUUCAGAGACAGCUGGAGGUGGUCAGAUGGGAGUGAUUUCUCUUUCAGAUACUGGGAUAUGCAGUUAUUCAAUGAUGAACAAAGCAACAAGACAUGUGCUAUGACUCUGUUAAACAGAUCAGGAAAAUGGAGCUCUGAUGAAUGUGACAAAGAAAAACCCUUCUUCUUGGGAGCACUGGGGGCAACUCAGUGCUCAGGGCUCAAGAGAGACAAGAGCGAGAGAGAGAACGAGCAAGACAAGAACGAGAGAGAGAAGAGCGAGAGAGAGAACGAGCAAGACAAGAACGAGAGAGACAAGAACGAGAGAGACAAGAACGAGAGAGACAAGAACGAGAGAGAGAACGAGCAAGACAAGAACGAGAGAGACAAGAACGAGAGAGACAAGAACGAGAGAGACAAGAAAGAGAGAAAGAAGAGCGAGAGAGAGAACAACUUGGAUGCCGAAUGGCUGGAGAUCAACAGUUUCUUCUCAGAGGUGAUGAAAAUUGUGGAGGAUGCUAAAGAGAAAGCAUGCCAGACUCUGGAGGACAGGAGACGGAAAGUGAAAAGAGAAGCACAAGAUCUCACCCACAAGCUGCAAAGAGAAAUUGAUGUGCUCAAAAAAGCCACUGAUGACCUAGACAACAACCCAGACUUGGAGCUUUCUCCUGUAACAGGCCUGAAAGAAUCUGCUAACUGGAAAACUUUAUGUGACAACACUUCACUCUUCUUCGGGACACUGCGAGGUACGACUUCAGCCAUGAUGAAGCAAAUUGGCCAGGAAAUAGAAAAACUCGCAUCCAAAGUGGACGUGAAGCUGGACCCGACUUCUGCACACUCAAGUCUUGUAAUUUCUGAUAAUGGUAAAGAAGUGAGAAAAGGUGGAAAAACAGCAAAAGAUCCUAAUUCUCCCCAGAGGUCUGGUAUAUUUGGAAGUGUCCUGGGGCUCAACAGGCUGAAAUCAGGGAAAUCAUACUGGGAGGUGGAAGUCAGCAACAAGACCGGGUGGGAUUUGGGUGUGGCCAGAUGUGAUGCUUACCGCAAGGGGAAAUUUUUAGUGACCCCUGACAAAGGUUACUGGGUUACUGCACAUUGUGGAGACAAAAAAUAUGCAACCCGGACAAUACCGCCCGUGUACCUUUCAUUUAAAGUGAAACCUCGGAAAGUCGGGGUGUUUGUAGAUUAUGAAGAAGGGCUCGUGUCCUUUUACGAUGUGACGUCUCAGUCUCACAUCUACUCAUUUACUGAGUGUUCGUUUGGUGGUGAGAUCCUCCCGUACUUCAGUCUCCAUCUGAAACCAGAUGAGAAAAACAGCGAUCCUUUGAUUAUAUCUGCUAUGGAAAAGCAGUAG